AGCGCGCAGGCGCGGCGCGGGGGGGCGGGGUCUGCGGGAUGAGUGGCAGCGGCGGCGGCGCCGAGACCCCCGCGGCUGCAGAGGCGGCCCCGGGCGCGGGGGGCCCGCGCAGGGACGGGCCGGCGCACCUGGUCAUCAAGGACCUCGGGGAGAUCCACUCCCGGCUGCUGGACCACAGGCCCGUCAUCCAGGGAGAGACCCGCUACUUCCUGAAGGAGUUCGAGGAGAAGCGCGGCCUGCGGGAGCUGCGCGCCCUGGAGAAGCUGCAGAGUGUGAUCGGGGAGACGAGCGAGCAGACGCUGCCCACGUGCGCCCACGCGCUGCGGGACCUGGGCCCGGUGCUCCAGAGACUGGCAGCGGCGUCGGAGGCCGCGGACAGGCUGCAGCGGAGGGAGCAGCAGUGGCGGAGGGUGCAGCAGGAGCACUGCUCGGCCCGCGAGCAGCUGCAGGCCCGGCGGCGGGACGGGCUGUGGCAGGAGCAGCGCGGCCGAGAGGCGGCCGUGGACGCGGAGCAGGAGCGCGCCCGGGCCCGGCUGCAGGCGCAGUACGCACGCAUGGAGCAGGAGCUCGGCAGGUUCGCGGCCUUCUAGGGCCCGUCCCCGCCCGCAGCGCCGGUCAGCGGCUGGUCAGCAGCGCUGGUCAGCGGCGGGAGCCGGCCCUGUGGCGGGGCUGAGGCGCCCAGCCCGGCUCCCUGGCUUCUCCCCGGGAAAGACCAGGAAGUGCCCCCACCCCACCCUCACCCCCACCCCGGAGUCCCUGCGCACGCGACCCCACGCGUGUGGGGAUGAUUAAAGCUGGUGGGCGCCGA